AUUCGAAUGUUAAAGUCCUUGAUGUCGGGUGUGGUUUUGGUUUCUGGAAAUUAGAAAUGACAUCAGAAUUUUCAUUAGCAAAAUUUUAUGGGAUUGAUUCAAAGCCCUCCUUUCCUGAAUCAGUCUCGCCCAAGAAUGUCGAGUUUAUUGAAGCAAAUAUUCUUCAAUGCCUUCCAUUUAAAGAUGCAGAAUUGGAUUAUUUUGUUGAGCCAGAACUUGAAGGUCACGUUACGAGCGAAGCGUUGUUCCGAUGGACUAACGAAGGAAGUAAUGAAACCGUGGAUUAA